CUGCCCAGGCGAUGGAUGGUGUGAGAUGUCGCUGCGUUCGUGAUGUGAGAGUUGCUGUUGAUGUAGCUGUUGCAGUUGUAUUGAGUCUAUGGAACUUGUCUCUGAAUUCGGAGAAAGAAGAUGUGCUUGAUAUUUCGUUCGAAUAAAAAGCUAUCUAUCCUAUAACGCAAUAAGGAACGACGAGAGUAUUUAAUAAUAUGGACUGUUUUUUGUAAAUAUACAAUGGGUGCCGGAAACAAUGCUGAGCCUACUAAUUCAGAGUCCCCCUGGUCUCCAGUAAAUUUGCCUGUGCGAUUCCCAAACCACAAACGUGGAAGGUUCGGAUGGCUGAGCUUCAGACCCGACUGCUUGCAGUGGGCCAACAACCCGCUCUGUCUUCUGAUUGUUCUCUCGCUUGCAUCCAUCAUACUUGGUAUGGUGCACAUGGGCUUCGUAAACGUCACACUCUCGACCAUCGAAAAGCGAUAUCACCUGAAAUCUGGUGACACUGGUGUAAUCGCCGGGACCUUCAACGUAGCAUUCUGCGUGAUGUGUCUCCCCAUCGCCUACCUCGCCUCGAGGCCGGGGGCGUCCCGGUCUCGAUGGAUCGGCGGCGGGAUGGUCAUGGUGGCCGCGGGGUCUCUGGUGUACGCAACACCACAUUUUUUCGGACCCACAUACGAUGUCAGGGGCCUCGUCAAUAGCAACAGUACACGCAGUCUUUGUGCCUCUGAGAACAUUAUUCUGAGUGAGCCAAUAAUCCCGCCUGACUGGAGCUUCAGUGUUUUCUACGUGUUCCUGGUCGCCCAAGUCCUGAUGGGCACAGGAUGCGUUCCCUUGGUCGUGCUGGGGGUGGCUUUCAUCGACUCGUCGGUGUCGAGACGUCGCUCGUCUCUCUUCAUCGGAAUAUUUGGGGCCAUGAUUGUGACGGGUGCGGCUAUCGGGUUCGCUUUGGGCAGCUUUCUGCUCACCUACUACAUCGACUGGCCAUCGGCUGAUCUCGAAGUAAUUGGCUUGACGCCUGCCAACGACCUCUGGCUGGGCUGCUGGUGGCUGGGCUUCUUAAUCACGGCCGUGGCCUCUGCUGUGAUUGCAGGGCCUCUUCUGGCCUUCCCAGCCAACAUUCAGAAGAGCAAGAAAGACAUUAUAGCCGAUGGUCCAAAGUUACCGUCGUGCAUUGACGACAGUCCGCCUAAGAUGAGUGACAUUCUCGGCAACGUCACCUUCAUGAGCCUCGCUAUUGGGGAAAUAUCCCCGAGCAUGCUAGGGGCCGGCCUCGGUGCGUUUCUGCCCAAAGUUGUCGAGAGUCAAUUCAGUUUAUCGGCUAGCACGGCUGCGCUCCUUGUCGGCGUGACAGGCGUGCCGUCAGGGCUGCUGGGGUGUGUGUUCGGGGGCUGGAUACUGAAGAAGCUUAACGUGAACACCCACCAGACACUUCAGAUCUGCUUCUGGGGCUCAGCGGUGCUGGUCUUGUCCAGCUUCUCCUUCCUCAUCUAUUGCCCCAACGCACCGUUUGCUGGUGUCACUGAGCCUUACUUCCAAGAAAACUUGAGCGACAACUUAUGGACUCUGACGUCAUCGUGCAACAGCGCUUGCGGUUGCCAGAGCGUCGCCUACAACCCCGUGUGUGGCUCCGACAACCUCGUCUACUACUCGCCCUGCCACGCUGGCUGCUCACUGGCCCAUGGAGCCAUUAACUCCCACCAAAAAGUUUUUAGCGACUGUAGCUGUGUACAUUACGACUCGGACAAGUUACAGUCUUCGCAUCGCUUGGAGCUCUUCUCAAAAUAUUUUCCGGAAUUGAAGACAGAAGACUUCCAAAGAACAGAAAGCUUGAUUAGUAAUUCAUCAGAAAAUUCCUUGCAUCCGAGAAGUUUGACUUCUACUAUGGGUUUUGCCUCUCAAGACAAGUGCCCAGCUCCCUGCUAUGGGUUGCUCAUUCUCUUCUUCAUGUUAUUCUUCAUUGGAAUAUUUUCAACUUUUGCACUCAACAUCGCUUCUCAAAGUGCUGCUUUGAGGUGCGUGCGUGAAAACGAACGCGACUUGGCUUUUGCGCUGAGGUCUCAGUUGACCCGAGCCCUGGGCGGUAUCACGGGCCCUGUAAUAUUCGGCUUGUUUCUUGACAAGACCUGCUUGUUGUGGGAGCAACUUGACGACCACGAACAAGGUUCCUGUGCCAUCUAUGAGCACUUCUCAAUGGACAGGUCGUUGCUGUACAUCUCGCUGGCAGCAAGAGUACCGGCCGUCUUUUUCUACGCCAUCGCUGUUUGGUCACAUCGUCGGUGAUACGAAAAUUCGUGUUACCAUCUAGUUAUCUGUUGAAAAAAGUAUAUAAACUUAUUCAUUAUUAAGCCUUCAACUACGGAAGUUUACCGAUUUUUUAAACCGUUGGUUUGGAGUCCUGAGAAAUUUAAUUACAGAAACGUGAAAAUCAUUUUAAAAUUUGAAUUACAAUUAUGAUUAAAAUAUGUCGGUCCUUAACCUGCGAUUUUAUCUUCUUCAAAUUAUUAGUUCUCGUAAAAAGACAGAGUGAUAUUUUAUUGCGUGCUCAUCAUGGAAUGGAACAUUUUUUCAUCCCUGCUUUCAGCAAAUUAGAAGAAGCUCAUUGUGAUUGUUCCAUAUUUAAUGGCAGCUAUAUAAGGUGAGAGUGUGUACAAGUUCGGCGACUUCAAAUGCGCUGAAAUUUUUCUAAAUUCUCAAGAAGCUACUUAAAUUAAAUUUUCUAUGUUUGCUUCAACCGAUCGUUAGCAUUGUGCUUGUGUAACAUAGAAAUCAAAGACGCUAAGUAUGUGGACGACGAGUAUGAAGUUCUCGAACGCGUUCUUCGACAGCAUACCUCUGCCCCGCUGUAUAGUUGUUACAAGUGUGAAGGACCAAGAGCUUGACCAAGAUGUGGGUAGGCCGUGAAUAUUAAUUUAAGAUGACCUAUUAUAAAGCGAAAAUAAAUUAUCAGCGAUAUAUAAAGUAUUUCUGUGUGAAGGCGAAAUGCCCCAUCGAGCCUUCAUCGAUUAAUUAGACCUGAAAAAAAGGAGACUUGGAGGAUAUAUUGUUAUAUAUUUCCGGGCAUUAAGACAAUGUUGAUAUUAAUUUUAUAAUUUAGAGUAAGAUGGACUUCAGUCCAUUUUGAUGUCAUUACAUAUACAGGGGUUGGAUAAAAUAAGGGAAACACCUGCCAUUUUGAUGUCAUAAUUUGUAAACAUGUUUUAAACAAUGAAAACGUGAGAAAGCCUACUUUUAUGUUUUGUUGUUUAUUG